CUCGGAGACUGCGCGCGCACAGGCAGUAGGGAGCGGGUGGAAGGCGAGGAGGUGGGGUGUGCACGUUUCGCAGGCCCGGAAGGGGAACUGCGUGGAGGAGGUCACCGGGAACUGAGCGGUUAGAUCUGCUUGGUAAACCUGGUGUGUCACCAUGCUGGCUGCAAGGUUUGUGUGUCUCCGGACACUACCUUCCAGGGUUUUCCAUCCAGCUUUCACCAAGGCCUCCCCUGUUGUGAAGAAUUCCAUCACUAAGAAUCAAUGGCUUUUAACACCCAGCAGGGAGUAUGCCACCAGGACAAGAACUGGGAUCCGCCGUGGGAAAACUGGCCAAGAACUCAAAGACGCUGCAAUGGAACCAUCAGCGGAAAAAAUAUUUAAAAUUGAUCAGAUGGGAAGGUGGUUUGUUGCUGGAGGAGCUGCUGUUGGUCUUGGAGCAUUGUGCUACUAUGGCUUGGGAAUGUCUAGUGAGAUUGGAGCUAUUGAAAAGGCUGUAAUUUGGCCUCAGUAUGUGAAGGAUAGAAUUCAUUCUACCUAUAUGUACUUAGCAGGAAGUAUUGGUUUAACUACUUUGUCUGCCUUGGCAGUGUCUAGAACACCUGCUCUUAUGAACUUCAUGAUGAGAGGCUCUUGGGUGACAAUUGGUGCAACCUUUGCAGCCAUGAUUGGAGCUGGAAUGCUGGUACACUCCAUAUCAUAUGAGCAAAGCCCAGGCCCAAAACAUCUUGCUUGGUUGCUACAUUCUGGUGUGAUGGGUGCAGUAGUAGCUCCUCUGACGAUAUUAGGAGGACCUCUCCUUAUUAGAGCUGCAUGGUACACAGCUGGCAUUGUGGGAGGCCUCUCCACUGUGGCCAUGUGUGCCCCCAGUGAAAAGUUUCUGAACAUGGGAGCACCCCUGGGAGUAGGCCUGGGUCUCGUCUUUGUUUCCUCACUGGGAUCUAUGUUUCUUCCACCUACCACUGUGGCUGGUGCCACUCUGUACUCAGUGGCCAUGUAUGGUGGAUUAGUUCUUUUCAGCAUGUUCCUUCUGUAUGAUACUCAAAAAGUAAUCAAGCGUGCAGAACUAAUACCAGCAUAUGGAUUUCAAAAAUAUGAUCCCAUCAAUUCGAUGUUGGGAAUCUACAUGGAUACACUAAAUAUAUUUAUGCGAGUUGCAAGUAUGCUAGCAUCUGGAGGCAACAGAAAGAAGUGAAGUAACAGCUUCUGGCUUCGCUACUGAAUCAGAUGUCUUGCUUGUUUAACAGCACAUAUUUGUCACAUAGUUUGUACAAGCAGCUUUCCGUGAUGUUUAGAAGUUAGGAACAUAUGUUGUCAACAUGGUUAAAAUUUCCAGUAAUGUGAUCCUUCAGGUUUGCUUUUUCUUCUAGAGAAUAAAGUCAAUAGUUCUCUUUCAAAUAAGCACAUACAUUUCCAAUUUUCAUUUUUAAAAUACUAUAACAAAAUAUGAAAUCUAAGGUUUGUGUUAUAAGAAUUUAAGCUUUUAAGUUUAUUGGGUUAAGUUAGCAAACUCAUGUUUGCCUGUAUAUUUGGGGGAGAUGCAGAAUGUUGAAAAUAUGGGUUUUGGUAUAGAGACCAGAGAGAAGUAAAAGGUCAUCUGCAGUCUUUUGUUGAAUACUCAUAUGUCUUAGCUGUGUGAUCAUGGGAAGCCAGUAAGAGUCAUCUAGGUAUUUGAAACAGUUGCUAUUUUCCCAUGUGUCUGUGAAACAGAGCUGAUUAAAUCUGCUCUGCUUCUCAUUGCUGUCUUUACAUUGUGGAUAUAAUGAUUGGCUUCUCAUUGUUAGGGCAAUCCAGAGUGUUAAUCAUAAGGAGAAUUCCUGAUAGAAUUAUGUGAGUUUUACUUUUGAAUCUUUUGUUUCAAGAUAAAAUAUUUAUUCAUAACAUGAAACUUAAUGCUUUUUUUUUUAAGUACACAAAAGAUGUGUUUAUAAUUGCUUAUCUCUUCAAACUCAGGAGCCUUUUUCAGAAAAGUCUGUUGCUUACACUAGAGAUUAUGAAAGCAGUUUUCUCAAAAAACUGAUGGUUUCUUGCAUUCCCUCUGAGACUAAUAAGCACUUAACAAGCAAAGCAAAAGUAGUGUUUGUGAAACACAUGAAUCAGACGUAUAGUAGGGAAAGUGCUUCGUUAGUGUCCACUAGCAGUUUUCUUUCUGUCCUGCAUAAACCACUACUUAGCUUUUUUGUGAUUAUUUUUUUGAUACAAGAGUUAUUUUUGGAAGUCUUUAAUGAAUGGAAAAAAAUAUGUAUGAUUAUUGAGAUGAUUGCUGU